UUAUAAACGCAUAAUACAAUAAUAUAAUCUAUGAGAAAUUCCACAGUGCGCAGAGUUAAUCCCUCUUUUUAUAACGGCUUCAAAGGAUUUAAGUUAAGCGAACAAAGUGCAAGGACGACAGCUAACAAUAAACAAGGAUAAUAAAACGCAAGCCAAACCAAAUGCAGCCUAGACCUAGACACUAGAUAGAGAUUUCAGCACUGCAACAAAAGACUUUAAUUUUCAUGGCAGCGCAGCAGCAAUUAAUUGAAAAUGUAGCUCUGGAAAGGACAUGGCCAAAGUGGAACAGCAAAUGCCAUGCGAUGCAACGAGCAUAAAUAAACGCUCAACGAUUCCGUGAUUAGGACGUGGUGUACCCAAGCGAUCUAAAUGCAGACGAUAUGGGCACAACAUGGCCUCAGCACAGAUACAACAUUUCUAUAACACACCAACAACAACAACAACUACUACAACAAACAAGUCUACUUCUUUCACAACACGCCAACUCUUACAACAGCAACAACAACAACAACACACUGUCAACAUCAACAGAAGCAGCAGCAGCAGCAGCAAGCGGAAGCAAUUUGAAAGCGAAACGAUACAGUGUCAAGGUAAAUUGGAAGCAGCAGCAGCAGCAACAACAACACCAACAUGGCAGUCACUACCAACGGCAACCUUGCAGACAGAGCCAACAACAGCAGCAGCAGCAGCAAGGUCAACAACAGCAGCAGCAGCAGCAGCAGCAGAUGAUGUACAAAGCGGCGGAUGUGAAAAAAUUGCGUCGCAUUGGUUAUGGACAAUAUAUAAGAUUGCUGCCAUCAGCAGCAGCAGUGGCAGCAGCAGCAAGAGCAACAACAACAUGCUUCGCUCAGCUAACGCAGCUUUAUAUGGUGCUAAUUACACUGACAACAGCAAUACUAUUACUCAUGCAGACUGUCAACAUAGUGCUGUUGCUGCUGUGGCUGCCUAUGUUGCUGUUGACAGUGCUAAGACGCUUGCCGACAACAACAACAACAACACUUGUAGACCAGCAAUACAAUCACGCUUAUUUUCCAAAAUCAAACCUGGCAAAGACUUGGCCGCAACAACAACAACACAACAACAACAACUACAACAACAACGAAAAGUCAGCAAUGUCAGCUGUGGCAGUGCCAACACUCGAACUGUCAGCAUCUUUAUGGAUAUGCAAAAACUUGCAAGGACUGUAUUUCCGCUCAUUAUUGUGCUCAAUCUGCUUCCUUUGUUCUAUGCAGGUACGUUUCAAGCAGGCAGCCCAAAGCCCACAGCGCAUUUGAAAUCGUCUGGCGUUGAGCUUGGCGUUGAUAUUGGGGAGCCAUGGAUGCAGCCGGUUGUGGCUUAUUUGGAGGCGCCAGUGCGACCCACAAAAUCGCCAAAAUGUGAUCAGACAUUUGUCUCGCGCAUUGGAGGCCCACAGAAUGGCAGCUUUACGGCUCCGCUGCUGCACAACCAUCGCAAUCAUUCGCGGCAAUGCCUGUACACAUUCCUAGCAGGACCGGGCCAGCGUGUCGAAGUAGUUUUUAAAUCGUUUAAUUUAAGAGGAAGUCCGCCAGACGGUUCAGCCGUCGGUGAGUUACCAAGUUGUGUUCAUGAGUACAUGGAUAUCUACUCAGAGGUGCAAUCAUCCGAACCAGCGGAGUUGAUCAAUUCGCCAUUCGGUGGUCGCUAUUGUGGCACAAUACCGCCGCGUCGUCGCAUUUCCAUGUACCGCGCCGUUGCAAUUUCAUUUUUUAGCAACAAGAAUGUGUCGACGGACCUCUUCGAGGGCACGUUUAGGUUUAUAAAUGCAUCGGAAUAUGAAAUCGGCAUUCCCAUUGCGGGCUCGCCAUGUUCCUACACGAUAACGCCUAGCAUGAGUAUCAAUAAAACUGGCGCUCUUAUAUCGCCAACCUAUCCAGGUGCCUAUCCGAAGGAUAUGUCAUGCACAUAUCAAUUUCUUGGUGAAUCGAAUCAGCGUGUUAGAUUAGAGUUUCGUGAUUUUGAUCUGUUUUUUGGUGGACCACACUGCCCAUUUGACUAUGUGAAAGUGUACGAUGGUCCAGAUAAUUCGUCAGCAUUAAUCGGUACAUAUUGCGGACAGCAAAGAAACUUAGUGCUAUAUUCGAGCGAGUCGAGCCUUUUUGUUCAUUUUUAUACCUUACCGCGCACUGCAAACACCCAAAAUCGUGGCUUUAAAGGAAUUUAUGAAUUUAGCGAAAGUUUUGUUAAAUUAGAUUUUAUACGUGAAAAUGAUGGCAUUCACAUACGUGGCUCUGAAUGUGAUCAAAAGAUUUUAUCAAAGAAGGAAUCAACUGGCUUUGUGCUCUCACCCAACUAUCCCUAUCCAUAUAUACCAAAAACUGUUUGUAGAUAUUUCAUCUAUGGCAUGCAAGAUGCACAGCAUCUGGAGCGUGUGCGACUCGAAUUUAAUGCUUUCAAUAUACCCAAAGUAGAGCAUAAGGAUAAGAGCGAAUCCAACUGUACGGAUGGUUAUCUGAAAAUCUAUCUAAAGGGUCAGGAGACGGCCGAUGCGUAUGACAAGUUCGACUAUGAGCUUUGUGGCAAUGAAACGCAGCGUGUGAUUAGCGAUGGCCCACGUCUGGCCAUGGUGUUCAGUUCGGGUGAGCUGCAGGGACGCGGCUUCAAGGGCAAGUACACAUUCGAGACGGAAUACAAGAUACCAGGCACCGCUGCUCCCGAUGGCACCUGCAGCUUCACCUAUGUUAGCAGCUCGAAGAAACGUGGCGAACUCAAUAGUCCGCGCUAUCCCUCCAACUAUCCUUCGGACACAAACUGUUCCUAUUUGUUCUUGGCUGAUCACAACGAGCAGGUCACCAUUGUCUUCGAUCACUUUAAAAUUAAAGCCGAAACGAAUGUUAAUGCAUCGAUAGGCGCUUAUGGUUCGGUUGCCUGCUCUGAGGAUUGGCUGGAGAUGUAUGUGGUGUAUCGGGAUAAUAAUGAUCGCUUGCUGGGCCGUUAUUGUGGUAUGACAGCACCCGGACCCGUUGAGAGCCCACGCGGUGCCGUUGGUCUGCGCAUCACAUUGCAUACGGAUCAGGAGAAUGUGGCCAGUGGCUUCAAGGCGCGCUACUUCUUCGAAUCGGCCAAAUCCGAUGCCGGCGACUGUGGCGGCAAUUUCAGCAACGAAGAUUCCGGUAUUAUCACCUCACCCAACUAUCCCCUAGGCUACAAAGCGCCAGGACGUGGCAUGGCGUCCAAUGCAUGCAAUUGGGCUAUGACUGCACGUCCUGGUUACAAGCUAUCUAUAAACUUUGAGCAGUUUGGCCUCGAAGGUGAUCCGCCGAAUCGUGGCUGCCCCGCCGCUGUAUUGCGUCUGUGGGUGAAUGUCGAUUCGGAUAAGCCGCCAGUGGAGCUGUGCGGUGAGAAGCCGGCCAUUGAGCAGUGGCAUUAUAUAUCGACGGGUCAAAAGGCGCGCAUUAGUUUCACCACCAGCGACAAGACCGUCGGUGCACAGGGCUUUCGCAUUGUGUGGACUGAAAUACAAGACUCCGGGCCGGGCCCGCCAUCCAUUGGUCUGCUCUGCGAGUCCACGUAUCACUUUCAGUGCGGCGCUGGGUAUUGCAUAUCGGAUAAGCUGCGCUGCGAUGGGGUCAAGAAUUGCGGGCCCGGUGACGAUAGUGACGAAAUGCAUUGUAUCACGGAAGCGGCCGAGGAGGAUCACGACGUCCUAAUUAUAAUAACACUGGUCGUCGCCUUGUCCCUAAUCUGUCUCCUAUGCAUACUCUAUCACUCCAGAAGAAAACGUAGAAACCAUGUACGUCAAUUGGGUUUACAUCGGAAUGCACAUUACGAUUCACAGACAAGCGCAACGGCUGGUCUUAGCUCAAGUCGCCGGCAUCUGCAGAGCGGCGGGGCCAGCAUUGCUGGCAGCCUGCAUGGCAUCAACAGUGGGACAUUGAUCAUACCGCCGGCACCACUGCCACCCACAAGUGUGCCACCGCCACCACAUAUAUGCAUAGCGGGCAUUGAUAUGGGCCUGGAUGAUGAUGAGGAGGAGCUCGAUUUGGAGGAGGAUGAGCUGGCGGCGGAUAUAUUCAUUAAUGAUGUGCAUUUCGACGAGGAUAACAUCGAUCAUGUAAACCAAAUGGCGAACGUUUAACGAUGGUUUUUAAGCAUUUUUAAAUCUAGUUUCAGUUGUAGGCGUAUAUAUAUAUUUUAAAAUUAAGGCGUGUGGGGCGUGAGGCGUAAGACACACAUUAUAGUAUAUGCAUUGCCUUGCUGGCAGUCGAAGAAGAAGAUCAUGAUGAUGAUGAUGAUGAAGAAAUAGCAAAAGCGAACAAGAACUCAAAAGUUAACAAUACCUAAAGACGAAAUAUUAGAGAACAAGUGCGAAUUGAUUAAGACGUAAAUAUAAUAAAAUUACCAUAACAUAAUUAGUUACGAAAGGUAAACGGCUCAAGUAAAGUACAGUAGGGUGUAAACAUUGUAGUAGCGAUAUAUACAAUACAAUUCGAUACGUUUAAACGUUGACAGGCAACAAAUAAUAAUUACAUUUAAAUAUACAUGCAUACAUUAUAUAGUAUAUUAUACACAUAGCGACUCGCAGGACAAGAGAUGACAAACAGAUGACCACGAUGUUGGAAAAACAUAACAAAACAAAAAGAAAAAAACCAAUGCGGCAUUUUCACAGCCACUGGAGACCGCAAAAUGUUGUUGAUUUUUAUAUUUGAUACGAGUAAUAUUUAGGUGAAGCAUAAAUUGAAUUAAUUAUACAAAGAAAAAAAAACAAAAAGAAAACCCAUACACAUAAAUAAUUUAAAUGCAACCGGAUGAUAGCAUACAACAUAACAGUGUGUACUACAUUCAAGUUCAAUUCAUUAAUGGGCAUAAAACAAUAACUUUAAAUAAAUACCAAUAACUAUAAAUACAGAAAGCGAAUCAAAUUUUAUUUACACAUUUUUUAAACAGCAAAAAACAAACAAAUAAAAUAACAUAAGCAAACAGCAAGUUUAAUAUUGAGAUUUUUAACGCAAGCAUUAAAUACACAAUUGAAACAUUACAAUAAAAAAACAACAUAAACUGCAUAAAUAAAUAAAAAUGAAUUAGUGACUAUCAAACCUAUAUCUUCCAGCAAAUGUUAAAUGCAAAUCACUUAAAAUUGAGAAAAUUUGCAUGCAUUAAAAUUAAAAGUAAAUAAACGAAAUAAUAAUUUUUAGUAGUGCAAAUUUGUCGUGCGCUCCAAAAGAAAAUUCCAUAAUUGAUAAAUUCCAAAACAGUUUUUGUCUAAUGAGCACACAUGUUUAUAGAGAUUUAAACUGAGAGAGAAGAAGCGACAUUAAAGAAUAAAUAAAUAUUAAAUUGUACACGCUAAAGAGUAAAGAUAAUAAACAAUUAUGUAUACAACAAACUAAGAUCAAAAAGUAAAUAACAAAUUCCACACAAAAUGCAAUCAUUUGUGCCAAACUUUUGUAUUUUAAUUUCAACUAAUGAUAUAUGUUUUUAUUCUAUAAGAAGUAAUUCGUGGCCAACUAUUAUUAUUGGUUUAUUUAGUUUUAAUUCCAUUUUUGUAUUCGUUAUCGAUUCACGAAAAUAAAGAAACACACUUAUUGGUUUCAUAGCGCUCGUACGUUUUGCAAAAAGAAAAAACAAAAACUAAACGAAAAAUUUAAACAUAUUAUAUAAAUAAAAGCUUAAAUAAAUGAGAAGCACUAAAAAGGCUCAACGUAAAAAUCCUUUAUAAUAAAUGUAGGUGUUUAAAAAGAAAACUUAAUAAAUAAAUUCA